AUGUUCUGUGAUGCGUCCAUGAAAGCGUAUGGUGCCUGCAUCUAUCUGCGGUGCACUUCGUUCGACGGCACUGUCACAGCAGUACUACUCACCGCGAAAUCUCGAGUGGCACCGCUCGAAGAUCUAGAGAAAAAACGGAAACAGACCUCAAUUCCUCGUCUGGAGCUGUCGUCCGCACUCACCGGAGUUCAUCUGUUUGAGAAGGUCGUCCAAAGUAUCAAAAUCACUGCCCAACCGUACUUUUGGACGGAUUCGAUGAUCGUUAAAUGCUGGAUCGCUGCUGCUCCGUCACGCUGGAAUGUUUUCGUUGCAAAUAGAGUGUCCGAGAUACAGCACAUCACCCGCGGAGGCAUUUGGAACCAUAUCGCUGGGCUGGAAAACCCCGCGGACGUUUUGUCAAGAGGCAUGCCUCCAGAUCAACUGAAGGACUACGAGAUGUGGUGGCAAGGUCCACCGUGGCUGCGCUUGGACAAGUCUUCCUGGCCGAAAACCGCUACAAUCAACCUGGAGGAUCUGGAUCCUUCACUCCUUGAAGAACGAACGGCGGUAGCGGCUCCAGCUCAAGUUGUAGAACCCAGCCCGAUUUUUGGUCUUCGAUCAAACCCCGAUGAUCGGAAAACAGGCCUUGUCAAGCACGAAGAGCGGUCAGAGGCAUUACACCAGCUUCUACUCUUAGCGCAACAAGAAAGCUUCCCGGAGGAUUUGAUCGCGCUUCGCAGAACCGGUGAAGUUAAACCAACAUCGAAAUUAAGAAAGCUAGCUCCACGCCUUUUCAAUGGAAUCAUCUUGGUCGGCGGCCGGCUGCAGAACGCUAACAUUUCGGCUGGGCGGAAGCACCCAAUCGUUCUGGACAACCAUCAUCCUCUAUCGAUUAUCAUCGACGUUCACUACCAUCAAAAGAACCUUCACGCUGGACAGCAGCUCUUGAUUGCCAGCAUGCGGAAGAAGUACUGGCCAUUGUCUGCUCGCAACCUGGCUCGGCAGGUCAUCCACCGCUGUGUCAAAUGCUUUCGGACACGGCCGACGGCUCAUGAGCAGCUCAUGGCGGACUUACCUGCAGAACGUGUCACUCCGGCUCCACCAUUCAUACGCGUAGUGGUGGACUACUGUGGUCCGUUCUAUAUCCAGUACCCCUAUCGCAAGGGCGGUCCGAUAAAAUGUUUUGUUGCCGUUUUCGUAUGUCUCGCUGUGAAGGCGGUCCAUUUAGAGGUCGUGGGAGACCUUACAACUCAAGCUUUCAUCGCCGCACUGAAAAGGUUCGUCUCCCGUCGAGGUCGGCCUGAAAUACUCAUGUGCGACAAUGCAACGAUCUUUGUCGGCGCCCGGCGAGAACUGGAUGAGCUUCGAAAAUUGUUCAACAACCAAGACUUCGUGAAAGCGGUUACUGAGGAGACAUCCUGGGAGAACAUCAACUUUAAAUUCAUCCCGGCGAAGUCACCUAACUUCGGUGGCCUGUGGGAGGCCGCCGUGAAGUCGAUGAAGGAACACCUGAAGCGUACCCUAGGCAAUACAGUCCUCGUCUCAGACGAAAUGGCCACUUUGGCACAGAUUGAAGCGUGUCUCAACUCGAGACCCCUCACGCCACUGUCCAACGAUGCAAUCGACCUGGAAAUCCUAACUCCCGGUCACUUCCUGGUGGGCAGGCCGCUCACAGCGAUCCCAGAACCAUCAUUGCAAGACCUCAACGAAUCAAGGCUUUCGAAGUGGCAGCGUGUGCAGUAUUUUCUUCAACGAUUCUGGAAUCGUUGGUCAACCCAGUACUUGUCAAACCUGCACACCCGUACAAAGUGGACCAAACAGCGUAACAACCUUUUCGUCGGCACCAUGGUACUGCUGUGCGAGGACAACGUGCCGCCCCUCAAAUGGCGGCUGGGUCGGGUCACAGAGAUUCACCCAGGAAAGGACGGCAACAUUCGUGUCGGCAAAGUUCACACGAAGGACGGAGAUUUUCUACGAGCGAUAUCCAAAGUUUGUGUCCUACCAAUACGGGACAACGAGUCGACACCAGCGUCAGCUCACGAGGAGGAUUGA